AAUUCCAGUGAGUUUUGUUGCACACGCCGAACUGAUAGCUCUGAUGAUUGAUCGAUCAACGACCAAUUCAACGGAGAUCAGUACGGUCUUGGUAUCCUUAUUUGGAGGUGGGAGGCUUCUUGUAAAUGCUACACCUUCAGAAAGCUCUGAAGCUCUAAAAGAGGAUGCUUUGGUGAACUUUUACGUCCUGGCGGUGACCUUUGUCAUUUUAGCUGUUAACAUUGGAUGGAUAAUCUAUGUUAUGAACAAUCUUGCUCUGAAACUGACAAUGAGGAUAAGAAGAAUUUACCUGAAGUCUAUCCUUAGUCAGGAUAUGACGUGGUUUGAUUCUCAGAGCAACAUUGAUGCAGCUAGUAAAAUUACAAGCAAUCUUGAUUUAAUAAAGGACGCUAUUGGUGAAAAGAUUGCAACAGCUACAUUUAAUUUGUCUGCAUUUACGUUUCAACUGACUACUGCUUUUCUAUGUGGAUGGGAACUAACUCUAGCCGUUGGUGGAAUGUGCAUUAUUGGAACAACUUUUUUCUCAGUCUACACCGAAAAGAAAGGAGUUCGCCUGACCGAGAAGGAAUUCGAAAGCUACUCCAAUGCUGGAGCAAUUUCCGAAGAAGUCUUCACAUCAAUUCGUACAGUUGUUGCUUUUGGCGGAGAGGAAAAAGAAUGUCAGAGAUAUGCUGAAAGUCUCAAAAGUGCCGAAAAGUCAAGCAUAAGAAAGAGUUUCUUUUUUGGACUUCAGAAUGGUGUUAUGUGGUUUCUGACCUUCAUCUACUACGGUUUAGGUUUUUACAUUGGAUUCUAUUUAAUUGAAAGAGACUCCAAAAAUCCUGAAGCUGAGAGACGAUACGAUGCUAAGGCUAUCAUACUAAUCAUAAAUUGUAUAACGAAUGCAUCGCAAUACAUGAUAAUGACCCUUCCAAGUGUUGAAACGAUCAUUUCAGCAAUUGGAGCAUCCAAAGCAAUUUACAAAAUUAUCGAUAAAAAGCCCGGGAUUAAUCCUUUUAGCAAAAAUGGUUUAAUUAUUGAAGAUUUGAAAGGAAAAAUUGAAUUUAAAAAUGUUCAUUUUAAUUAUCCUCAAAGAAACGAAACAGGAGUUCUGAAAGGCGUUAACUUUACUGUGACGUCAGGCAAAAGUAUUGCCCUAGUUGGGCAAUCUGGUUGCGGAAAAUCUACAUGCCUUCAACUUCUUCAACGUCUAUACGAUACCAGCGAGGGUGAGAUAUUGAUUGAUGGCAUCGGCAUUCGGCACUACAACACAGCUCAUUUGCGCUCCCAGAUUGGCGUCGUUGGUCAGGAGCCUGUUCUCUUCUCAACCACAAUUGCAGAAAAUAUUCGUUUUGGGAAUCCCGAUGCAACACAGGAAGAUAUUGAGAAGGCAGCCAAGAUUGCCAACUGCCACAAUUUUAUUGAGAAACUUCCACUGAAGUACGAAACAUUGGUUGGAGAAAAAGGAGCGCAACUGUCAGGUGGGCAGAAGCAGAGGAUUGCAAUAGCCAGAGCGGUUGUGAAGAAUCCAAAGAUUCUCCUCUUGGACGAAGCAACUUCUGCUCUUGACGCAGAAUCUGAGAGGAUCGUUCAAAAAGCUCUUGAUAGGGCUACAGAAGGAAGGACUACUAUAAUCGUGUCUCACAGGCUUUCAACAAUUCGAAAUGUUGAUGAAAUUGUUGUCUUUGAUCAAGGCGUUGUUGUGGAGAAAGGAACGCAUGAAGAUCUAAUUGAUCUAAAGGGAAUUUAUCAUAAACUUCGUGCAUUUGAUCCAACUAAUUAUUAUCUCAGGGAUCAAUGCAAUAAUUUCCAGGACACUGACUUAUUAGAUAAAGAAUACAAUGAAAAUGAAGAAGAAAAAGAACAGUCACAAAAGGCUUCUAUUAAAGCUCCUUUAAAAAAAGCUUAUGAAGAGAAAUCAAUUAAUACAAUGAGGAGGAUUUUUAAAAUGUGCUUAGUUGACUGGAAGCUCUACCUUGUGGGCUUUAUCAGUUCAAUUUUUAUUGGUUUAUCAUUUCCGCUCUGCUCCUUAAUUUACGGUGACUACUUCGAGGCAUUUGGAUCUGAUGGAAAGGAUAAAUUCAUGGAUAUUGCUCUCGUAGAAAUGAUUGAUUUAAUUCUAUUGGCUACAUUACUCGGAGCAGCGGGAAUCUUACAAAUUUACACACUUGGAAAGGCCGGCGUUCGGUUGACUUCUCAAUUAAGACGUAAAUUCUUCAAAGCCACACUUGAGCAGGACAUGAGUUGGUACGAUCAGCCAAAUAAUUCUCCAGGAGCCAUUUGCACAAGACUCUCCAAUGAUUGUGCAAACGUUCAAGGAGCAACUGGGAUACGCUUAGCUGGGAUUCUUCAAGUUAUCUCAUCAAUUCUUUUUGCAAUCUCCGUAGGACUUAUCAUUAACUGGAGACUAACCCUAAUUGUUUCCAUUACAAUUCCAUUGCUUCUUGUUGUUGCCUUCUUUGACUCUCAAUAUGCCAAAUCCAGUGCAGUUAAUGAGAAGAAAGCCAUGGAGAAUGCUUCAAGGAUAGCCGUUGAGGCGAUCUCAAACAUUCGUACAUUAGCCAGUUUAGGACAGGAGCAAUAUGUCCUGGAAAGGUUCAAUCGAGAGCUUGAGUCUGCUGAGAAGGAAGCUUUGAAGAGUAAAAGAUUUCGAGGAUUUGCUUAUUCACUAAAUUUAACGUCUUACGUAUUAUCCUAUGGAAUCGCAUAUUUCUUUGCAGCUCAUUUUAUGGCAAAUGGACAAAUUUCGAUUGUAGACGUAAUAAAAAUUGUUGAAGGAAUUAUCUACAGUUCGUGGGAAAUUGGUGUGGCUCUAAAUAUAGUACCAAAUGUUGAUUUAGCAAUUUCUUCAGCAGAAAAUAUCAUGAGAAUGUUGGAUAGAAAAUCCAAAAUACGAAAUUCCACUUUCAAUAUAAAAGAUCAUCCAAAGAUUGAAUCUUCGAUAAAAGUUAAUUACAAAAAUGUGGAAUUUCGUUACGUAACACGUCCUGACUUUCAAAUCUUGAAAGGACUCGAUCUGAAUAUCCCUACCGGGAAGACAGUAGCUCUUGUGGGACCAUCAGGAUGUGGGAAGUCCACGUGCAUGCAGCUUCUUCUUCGCUACUACGAUCCUGAUGAGGGAAAGGUGGAAGUUGAUGGCGUAUCGACGCAGGACUUUGCUCUGGGACGUCUUCGUUCGCAUGUGGGUCUCGUGUCGCAGGAGCCCGUCCUGUUUGAUCGAACCAUCGCUGAGAACAUCGCCUACGGAGAUAAUUCACGAGAUGUUCCCAUCGAGGAGAUCAUCGAAGCUGCCAAAGAGGCUCGAAUUCAUUCGGAAUUCGUCACAAAGCUACCACUCGGCUAUGACACUCCUCUGGGAUCGAGAGGGACGCAAUUGUCGGGUGGACAGAAGCAGAGGAUUGCGAUUGCGCGGGCUUUGGUGAGGAAGCCAAAGAUCCUUCUUCUGGACGAGGCCACAUCCGCCCUGGACACGGAGAGUGAGAAGACGGUGCAAAUGGCCCUUGAGAAAGCCAGCGAGAACCGCACGUGCAUCGUAAUUGCUCACAGGCUGUCCUCCAUUCGUAACGCUGAUCUCAUUUGUGUCAUCGAUCGCGGGCAGAUCGCCGAAAUGGGAACACAUGAAGAACUCCUCAACAGCGAUGGGCUCUACACGAAGCUCUACCAGGCAUCUUUGUAAUGCAAUAUGAGAAAAUAAAUUAAAAUU